AUGUUGAAGGUUUCGUACAUUGGUCACUUCAUUAAGAACAGCUACAUUGAGAACAGCUACAUUGAGUGCAUGAGUGGAUUUGACAUUGACAACCAGCUGCUGCAAAAUCUGCUGCAAGGAAAGAGUCAAAGAUGCCAGCUUGGAAGCAGACACUGUUAUGGCAGCCACAGCAAUGAGCCCUGCUACACAAUCCCAGACCCAAUAAAGACAGCAUUCGCAACAAAUGCAGCUGCAUGCAUGCAUGGCAAACGGCUUUGA